GCCUCGUACGGCGAGCCCCCAUUCUCAAAUGAGAAUGCGCGCUCCCUGCGUGAGAAGGUGCGCGCGCUUCAGGGGCUGCGGUCCCAUUGACGGUUCCACAACUCCGUGACAGCAGCAGCAUCAGCAGCAGAGCGCGGCAGUGGUGUAAAACAAGGAGCCCACCUAGCCAGCGUUCCAGACUAGGCAGCGGCAGAGAAACAUCGCUCUGCGUUGAACGAAGCUAGCUUCACCAGGUGACCGAGUAGCCUAUCAUUCUCUGCCGGAGACAUGGGCUCCCGGUAACUGGAGGUGGAGGGGAGAGGAGGGCGGGCGGGGGGUGGGGGGGAGAAGAGAAAAGAGCGAGAGAGAGGAAGAGAAAGAGAAAGAGAAAAGGCGACUAGGAACUGAAUAAGCACUCCCACCGUGGGUGCGUGCCACCAUGGGAGCCUUUCAUCACUUGCCCGAGCCGUAGCUUCGUCCAUGGACUAUGUCGUGAUCCGUGGGCUCCGCCAGCGGGAUUUCUGUCAGUGAUCCUAGCCGCCAAAGAGAGGGGGAGAAGAUGUCCGCCUCGGUGGGCCCUCCGGGCGGCGCGCGUCCACCCGUCGUGCCGGCGUCCAUGCCCGAACCGGACCUGAGCCAUCUGACGGAGGAGGAGAGGAAGAUCAUCAUGGCCGUGCUAGCUCGACAGAAGGAGGAGGAGGAGAAGGAAGAGGCCAUGUUAAAGGAGGAGAAGCCCAUCCAAGCAAGAACUGUGAACCUGGUUGGGCAGAAGAAGCCUCCUCAGCAAAACGAUGUCCGAGGUAUCCAGCAGCAGAUGUCGAGCUACAGGGAGACGGUGCGGCGGGUGGGGGAGGAGACGCGCCGGCAGACCACCACGGGCCAGCACCGGGACGACGCUCCCACCUGUGGCAUCUGCCACAAGACCAAGUUUGCUGACGGCUGUGGCAGCCUCUGCUCUUACUGCCAGACCAAGUUUUGUGCCCGCUGUGGAGGGAGGGUGUCCUUGCGCACCAACAGUGAGGACAAAGUGGUGAUGUGGGUGUGUAAUAACUGCCGUAAGCAGCAGGAGAUCCUCACUAAGCCAGGGGAGUGGUUCUCAGGUCCAGGGAAGCCAGGUCUAGGCUCAGGCAUCAGUGACCCGGCCAUGUGUGGCCUGAACCCCGGUGACAAGAAGCUCCGUUCCCACUUCCAAGUUCCCCUGGGGCCCCUCGACCCCAAUCACCCCGGUGACCCAGGACUGGCACCCGGAAUGGACCCCCGGUCACGUAGCGAGCUGCCGAGAAAGCCGGGCGAUCAGAACGUUAAAGGUCGAGGUGAGCGUCGGCCGGGUCACCCCAGACUCCAUACCCAGGUGUCAGUGGACCGGGACCAGUGGGAGCGGGAGCGGAGGGAGGGCCGGCGGCUGAGUAAGGGCCGCUCUCUGGAACACGACCCUGUGGGAGUGGGGGUCCCCCGAUGGACAGAGGAGGGCUACCACAUAGACCCCAACGCCCCCCGACAUUUAGCCCAGCCAGUGGAGCCACUGGGGGGCAGGCACCCUCUACAGCCCCAGGGGCGAGGCAGGGGGGUUGGGAUGGGGAUUGGGUUUGAGAGUGUUGGGGGCAUUGGGGGCCAGCCUGAGGCUAUGCUGGGCCAGAGGACGGUGGUGGGGGGCACUAGAGGGCCACAGGGCCUCGGCCCUCCACAGCUCCAGCCCCCAGAACUCAGGGAGCCUCCUGGGACAGCCUCAGGCCCCGGACCCGGUCAGGAUCCCCUCCUGCGCCGGUCCAAACGGGAGAAGGCUGAGAGCAUGCUGCGCAAUGAUUCGCUCAGCUCGGACCAGUCAGAGUCUCUGCGGCCGCCCCCGCCACGGCCCUACAAGUCAAAACGUGGCGGUGCCGGGAAGAGACAGACAUCUGUCAGCAGCUCAGAGGAAGAGGGAGGGACCACGCCGGAGUAUAGCAGCUGUGAGGACGCCGAGAUUGAGAGUGUCAGCGAGAGAGGUGAGAGAGGUAAGAGAGGUGAGAGAGUCCAAACACACGUUGCAGUGGAACUAGUGGUGUCUCGGCCCAUUGGUGAUAUCCCAAGAAUCCCAGACACGUCCCACCCUCCAUUAGAAUCUACAGGUUCCAGUUCAUUUGAGUCCCAGAAGAUGGAGCGGCCAUCUAUAUCGGUCAUGUCCCCCACCAGCCCCAGUACACUUAGAGACCACCCACAGCUAAUGCCUGGACAGCUUGCAGUACUGCCCGGACAACUUUUAGUCAAGCUGUGGUAUGAUAAGGUGGGACACCAGCUGAUUGUGAACGUGGUACAGGCUACAGAGCUGCCUCCCCGCCCGGACGGGCGACCCAGAAACCCCUACGUCAAAAUGUACUUCCUGCCAGACCGAAGCGAUAAGAGCAAGCGGAGGACUAAGACAGUGAAGAAGAGUGGAGAGCCAAAGUGGAACCAGACGUUUGUGUACUCCCACAUCCACCGCAGAGACUUUCGCCAACACAUGCUAGAGCUGACCGUGUGGGACCAGCCUCGCUUACCUGACGAGAAUAGCAUGUUCAUGGGAGAGAUCCUAAUAGAGCUGGAGACAGCCCCGUUGGAUGACAAGCCUCACUGGUACAAGCUGCAGACCCAUGACGUGUCAUCUAUCCCCCUGCCCUGGCCAUCCCCUUACAUGCCCCGCAGAAACACAGACACACCCAGCAAGAAGCUGCAGCGUUCUCAGCGUGUUAAAGAGCCUGAGUACGAUGACACUGGACCUAUGCCUAAAGCUGCCGAGAGGGGUUCGCGGGAGAGGGGGAGGCAGCAGAAGGAUCCCCAUGCCACCACUCUGGAGGUGCCGGAGCAGAAGAGGACACCCCAGCAUCGCUCUCGAUCUGUCUCUCCUCACAGAGAGGAACAGGGCAGGGGGCGAUCACGACCCGCCAAUGUCCCCACCCAGAGGAGUUUGGAUGAUGAGAUCCACCAUAGUAGGAGGUCUCGUUCUCCCACCCGCUACUACGACUCUACCAGAGGACACUACCAGGAGCAGGACUAUGUAGAUGACAGUGAGGUCAUCCUGAUCCACCAGUCAAUGCGGGGCAAAAGUGCAGAAUGCCUACACACUGAAAGUGAUCUACAUACCUCUCUGGACAGGGUUAAGACUAGGAGUGCUAGCACCAACUGUCUGAACCCAGAAAGGAACCAUAGUGUUCCUUCACCAGAUCCCCAAAGCUGCUCCCAGUCUCUGCCCCGCAGACGCCCCGCCAGCCCCAGGAUUCUAAUCCAACACGCCUCCCCAGAAGACGACAGCAAAUGGAUGAUGGAACCUCUAGUACCUAGACAGGAGACAGUUAACCACCUCAGUGCCAUGAAGAGGCAAACUCGGAGCCUGGACUCAUCCACCUGUCACACUCUGGGCAAGAAGCUCCCUGACAACGACAGAAUAAAGCCCACCUCCAUCCUGAGGGGGUCCCGAGGACGGCCCCCUCCCCUGCGGCCUCUCGGUAAGGGGACCCUCCGAGAGUUGGCCCCGCGUUCACCCCAACCAUACAGGGGCCACCUCCAAGGUGGUGCAUCUCUGUCCACCUCAGUGAUGUCCUCGUCAGCAGCUCGCAGGGUCAGACAACUCCCACAGGUCCCAGACAAGAGCAGCAGCCCCGUAGAGCAAGCCCUAGCAGCAGAGGAGCGUGUUCGUCAGCUCCAGAUGAAGGUGCAGCAGAGGGACUCCUACAGGAGUUCUGCUGCUCCGUCCACUUCUAGCAGGGACGUGGAGAGGGUGCUCAAGAGCAAACGCGAGGUCAGUCACCUGUCGCUUGAGCUGUAUAAGGACCAGAGGAGAACCAGCUGUGAGAACGUAUCCCGCAAGUCUUCAGACAGUGAUGUCAGCGACGUGUCAGCCAUCUCUCGCACCAGCAGUGCCUCCCGCAUCAGUAGUACCAGCUACAUAUCCAUCCAGUCAGAGAGACCCCGGGGACGCUUCAACAAGGCGAUGCGUGCGUCAGGUCGCAGCAUGUUGAAGAGCACCAGUGUGAGCGGUGAGAUCUAUGGCAUUGAGCACACGGACGGCAGCCAAUCAGAUACAGCAUUGGGCGGGGGCAAGAAGCGGCGCUCCAGCCUCAGCCAACGGGUGGUGGCCAUUGUGGGCCUGCCCUCCAGACGCAGCUGCAGCACCUCACAGCUCACCUCCCAGAAAGCAGUGGUGGUGGAUACUAAAAAGAAGGGCAAGAAAAAGAACAAAAUUCAGAUCCAGCGGAGUACAGAGGUGGGCAUGGCUGUAGAGUACCCCCGCUCUGCCAUGAACCGCCAGGCCAGCAGAGACUCCACUGACGGAAGCAUGAACAGCUACAGCUCUGAGGGGAAUCUAAUCUUCUCGGGGAUGAGGCUGGGGGUUGACAGUCAGUUCAGUGACUUCCUGGAUGGCCUUGGCCCCGCCCAACUGGUGGGCCGGCAAACAUUAGCCACACCCGCCAUGGGAGAUGUUCAGAUCGGAAUGAUGGACAAAAAAGGCCAGCUAGAGGUGGAGGUGAUUAGAGCACGUGGCCUUACCCCCAAACCAGGGUCCAAAUCACUCCCAGCACCCUAUGUCAAGGCCUACCUGCUGGAUAACGGAGCCUGUAAAGCCAAAAAGAAAACCAAGAUUGCACGUAAAACCCUGGAGCCACUCUACCAGCAGGCCCUGCUGUUUGAGGAGAGCCCACAGGGGAAAGUCCUCCAGAUAAUAGUCUGGGGCGACUACGGGCGACUGGAUCACAAAUGCUUCAUGGGAGUUGCACAGAUCCUAUUGGAGGAGCUGGACCUCUCCAGCACAGUGAUUGGCUGGUACAAAUUGUUUCCUCCUUCCUCAUUGGUGGACCCUACCUUAGCCUCGCUUACGCGGCGGGCGUCCCAGACAUCCCUGGACAGCUCAGGACCAGCUGGUAUGCGCUCUUAGUGACCACAACGCAACCACAACCCCAAAUGGACAACAACCAAUGGACCACAACUGACCAGAGUGCAUGACCACAUCCCUAGGGCCAAGAUAGACCUUAAGCAAAUCAAAGCCAGAGAGAGAGAUAGAGAUAUACAGAGAAAGAGAGGGAGAGAGAGAACUAGCCAAUCAAAGUUUAGCUGGAGUCAGACAAUCAUUUCCCAUGCCAUCCCUCCUUCCGUUUUCCCUCCUUUCUCUGGGCUGCUAGGGCCUUGCUCCUGAGUCUCACCUCUUCUAUUUCUCAUCCCUCCUUUUUAUGUAUCCAUCCUCCUUCUCUCUGACAUCCCCUUUUUCUGUCCCCUCUUUCUCCAUUCCUCCUCUCCCUCCGUUGAGUGUGUUAUGGCUUGUGCUCCUGAGAUUGAAGGGAUUCAUGCAGCCCACUCUGUUAGGGGGCACAAGGGAUGUCAGACCAGGCUUGGUGUAGCCAAUCAAUGAAGACGUUAUUGUGAGGCCAUAAAGAGUGUGCAGGAGACAAAAGGAAAAGAUUGAAGACGCCCUGCCGACAGCUGCCCAUCAAAAUGCGUUUCAGCAUUGAGGUCGUCAUGGCGUCGCUAUAUCUGUGAGGAUUGGCGUGAUUGCACAACCUGUUAGGGGAGGGAGACUGCACAGGUGAAAACAAUACUUGUUCUAAGAUCAAAGCAAGCACAAAAGCUUGAUUAUUUUUCAGACAACAAAUGGUUGCGAAAGAGAAAAAAAGGGCCAAAUUAUGGUUAGAUCUAUUUUAUUCUAUUUGCCUAGAGUUGAGAAUGGUAUCUAGAGUUUGCCUAGAGUUGAGAAUGUUGAGAAUGUGGUGCAGACUCCCUGUGUGCAUAUUUGGUUUCGAGUGAUGGUGGUCUGCAGACCAGCAGAGGUCUCGUCACCCCCCGCGAGUGUGGCGGGCGCAGCAUGACUCGGGACCCCGGCCCAAGCUGCAUGCACAUUUUUUUGUAAAACAAAAGCCAGACGAAUUACUUAAAAAGAGACUAGACUAAAUGUGUGUUAGUUCCACAUACUUUAGGCCAGCUUGUAUGUUGCAUGUACUUGUACAGUUUGCUCGUACUGAAUAUGAAUACAAACAGAAAAGCCAUCCGCCAUCCAAGGGCGGACACCGGGGGAAUAAGCUCCGCCCAGGCCACACCCCCACUCUGCGUAUGAAUAUCCAUAUUAGGAAGUCUCCAAAAUACUUUUUUAUUUUCUUGUGUUCCUUUUGAACCCUUUGGAGAGCAGUGCUGUAUCGUAGUACUGAGCAAACUGACUAUCUGAGGAGCUAGGUGUUUUAACUAUAGUCUUUGGCAGUGGGGCUAGGUAGAGAAUGUGUGUAUAAAAACAGAGAUUAAUGUAUAUGAAGUAUAAUUAUGACAUAAAUGAUAAAAGAUAUAGAUAUAUAUGAUUAUCAAAUGAGUGUAUCUGACUAUACACCUAUCACCUAUAAACACACACACACACGUUGUAAAUAUGAGUCAGGGGGACGAUAUUUACACACACAAAACGAUCCAAACAUUCCUAGUCCUAUGGAAACAGAUGUGAGCCCCUUGCCCUGUGCUUUGAGAGCCGCUGAGCGGUGCCCAACCACAAGGGGGAGCCAACAGACCUUUCAGUUUCUCCUCAUAGCAGCCAAAACCAACAUGACUAUUUGCAACACAUGCCACCUUGUUUCUUUAACCGCAAAACUUUAAUCCCCGUAUUUUAUCAUGGUUUGGACUUAAAACCCAUAAAGAUUUUGUUUGCUGACGUUUUAGUUGAACGUCUUGCGGUGCGGCCCAGUGCCCUUUCCUUUGUCGGUAUUACUCCACGAUACUGAUUGUUUACAGUCCAUGAGUUUCCACUCAAAACACGAUAUCUAGAAAAGAAGUAUUCACUUCAACAUUUCUUGUUUGUAUAACAGAUGUGGCUCUACUGAUGUGUAUGUUUUAUAUUCAAGAGUUCAUUUUUAUUAUUUACAAAUAAAAGACUGUGGAAGAAAA